UAUUCAACUCCACUUUUUCUCUCUCCACUUUCCACUCUUCACCUCAACAUCACCAACACCCAAUUCUCACCCCUUAUAUAAGCCACCCAAAAUCAUUUUACAACGCCCAAAACCAAAAACAUUUCACACACAACCCCCCCCCCCCAAAAAAAAAAAAAAAAUUCUGUCGAAACCCCAAAAUGACUCCUCUAAGUCCGUCAGAACGACGUAUAAAUGGUAUCAGAGCAACUCUAACAAUAGCAGAUACCGCCUCAUGGUACUGUUCUAUUAUCAUAAUCGCCCUAAUCUUGUUCAUUACCUUAAGGGAGGAGAAUUUUAACCCUUACGACGAUAACAACAACGACAACGAUCAUCAUAACUAUUUCUCUACUAGUAGUAACAACUUACAAGUGAUGAAAGGUUCGAGCUUUCAUGAUCUUCAUCGACCGUGCGAUGAAAUUUACGUUGUUGGUGAAGGUGAAACUCUUCAUACUAUUAGUGAUAAGUGUGGUGAUCCUUAUAUUGUUGAACGUAACCCUCAUAUUCAUGAUCCUGAUGAUGUUUUUCCUGGCCUUGUUAUUAAGAUUAUGCCUUCUUCUAUCAACACAAACAGGAAAUUUCUAAGUUAGAUUUUUUUUUUUUUUUUUUUUUU